AUGGCAUGGCGUCACGGUGCCGUUUUGGGUUGGGAAGCUGCAGUUGCGCGAGGCUUAUUGGUGGGAGUGGUGGAGGAUGAGGAGAAGGAGAGGUGGAUGAGCUUGGUGGGGAUGACGAUGAAGCAAAUCACGGCGUACCUGUCCAAAAUCCAGAGGGGCUACCAUAUCCAACCGUUCGGGUGCACGAUUGAGGUGGAAGAGUCCACCUUCGGGGUCAUUGCCUACAACGAGAACGCCAGGGACCUGCUCGACCUGAGGCCCCAGUCAGUUCCGGUGCUCGAGAGGCAGGAGAUCCUCACAAUCAAGACCGACGUCAGGACGCUCUUCACGCCUUCCAGCUCAACUUUGCUGGAGAAGGCUUUCCGUGCACCGGAGAUUACUCUUCUCAACCCAAUUUUGAUACAUUCGAGGGUUUCCGGCAGGCCGUUUUACGCGAUUUUGCAUAGGAUUGAUGUUGGGGUUGUCAUUGAUUUGGAGCCUACUAGAAUAGAGGACCCGGCUCUGUCUAUAGCCGGGGCGGUGCAGUCUCAGAAGCUAGUCGUGAGGGCGAUUUCGCAGCUGCAGUCACUGCCCGGUGGGGAUAUUAAGCUUUUGUGUGACAUGGUGGUGGAGAGUGUGAGGGAGCUUACUGGGUAUGAUAGAGUUCUGGAGUACAAGUUUCAUGAGGAUGAGCACGGGGAGGUUUUGGCUGAAGUGGGUGACAUCAAUAAAGCUACAGAACAGGAUGGUAAACAAGGAAAUAGGAAAAGAUAG